UCCUGAGGCGGGGACUGCGGCGCGGGGCCGCCCCUCCAAGAUGGCGGCGGCCGAGCAUCAGCCGGCGGCGGGUGAUGGCGGCAAGUCGCUGAGCGCUCUGCUGGGCUGCAUCGCACAGGCCAUGUAUUACGGCAAGGCCGACAUCACGGAGGAGAUGCUGGGCGGGCAGCUCUACCCCAAGGCGGCGCCGGAGGAGUUCCGUGCCCUGCGAGCCAAGAUGGGCGGCCUGCUGCAGUCAAUUGCUUCAGCUGACAUGGAUUUGAAUCAGCUGGAAGCUUUUCUCACUGCCCAAACGAAAAAACAAGGUGGGAUCACAUCGGAUCAAGCUGCGGUCAUUGCCAAAUUUUGGAAAAACCACCGAGUGAAGAUCCAUGAGAGCCUGGUGAAUCAAAGCUGCUGGGAUAACACCUUGAAAAACAUGAACUGGAGGGUGGAUUUGAAGUCACAGUCAAGACAUGUUGAUCAGAUAAAUACUCCGGUUGCGAUAGUUGAAAUGGAACUGGGAAAAAAUGGCCAGGAAUCUGAGUUUCUCUGUCUGGAGUUUGAUGAGGCCAAGGUGAACCAGAUGCUGAAGAAACUCUCAGAAAUAGAGGAGAGCAUGACUGCAUUGACUCAGACCACCUGACUCACAGAGAAUAAAGAGAUGGCAACUCAAAAAACACAAACGACCUCGGUACUUAUUCAUAGUGCCUGUUCCUGUUAAGAAAUAGGUAAUGAUUGUUAAGUAUGGGUGAUAGCUGUACAACACAUUCAGAACAAAGCAUGGGUAAAGUUCAGCUGGGAAGCUCUCUGCAGCCCCUCCUCCAGGCCUGUUCUUUAAGGCAGCAGUGAUGUUGCUUAUAUAAAGCUCUGCAUAAUCAUCCCUUCCAGUUUAGAGUAGCUUUUCUCUUUCUUUUUUUUUCCUACCCAUCAGUUUCUUACUCUUCCAGAUGCUGUAAAUGCUGCUCUGGGAGAACAGCAAAGGUAAAUUGGCCAAUUGUGGCAGGGGAGAAAUGAGCAGAAGGAAGAGACAGACUGGGGGGAUUUGUGUUUAUCCUUCCAAACCAUGGGCUAUGUAGGACAGAUCUACCUACGCAAACUCUGCCUGCCCAGAGCUUGGAGCACAAGAGAUGAAGUGCAGAGAGUUGAGGGAGAAGGGUCACAAACACACUUUUUUCUAAUCACAAGUCUUUGUGCUGCUGAGGAUUAAGUAACUGGUUCCCAAGCAUGUGAGCUGGCCCUGCAGGGCUGCUGAUGAAUACUCACCCCAUGCCACAGAGAGCCAUGGGACAGCCACGGGAGCAUCUCUUGGCCAUCACAAGGUGACACUGGUUUCCCAAAAGCCUGAUGUAGUGACAAGCUUCCAAAGCCAAUUCCAACCUGCUUCCCUGAAGGCUGGCUGCCCCUCUUAACCUUCUGGCUCCUGAACCUUAUGUGGCACAGCCCUGGCAUGUGCUGCGUGAUGUGUUUGAGAGGCCAGCGCUUUGUCAGUGCGCAGUUUAACUUGGCUGCUCUUUGCCAUGAUGUUUGUCUUGACCUUGCAAACUCCCAGGCUAAGCCCAGAGUUUGUAGUGUGGGUGUGCUCAGCUAGGAAUCCUCAGAAGGAAAAUGCUCUUGGGAAAUGUGCAGAUUAUAAAGCUCUGUUGAUAAAAUAGUUGUGUGAAGAAAACAUCCAAAAGCAGAUAAGAUACAUACAGAGCACCGUGACUGGAACUGAGCUGUGGCUUUUUUUGGCUGUGGGAACUUGCCUCUCUUCCUGGCCAUAACACAGAACUGCAGCCAGGCAGGACUGAGCUGAGGUGUUUUGCUUCACAUGUUUUGGUUCAGGGGUUGUCCACUUUGCCACAACAGGAGCAAUAACCAUAAUUACUGCCUUCCCUGUGCAGGAUGAUGUGGAGGAGCCGCAUGGAGCAUGAUGGUUCCUACUGAGAACUGCCUGGUAGUCCAUAGAAUAGCGAUGGAGCACGACCCUGGUGUGUUGCUCUUGUUACUUACAGGAAGGCAUGCUAGCACAUUGGGUUGGAGGCUACACUGCUUCUUCCUUAGUUUCAUAAGCAACCUUUUCCUGAGCAAAAAUUACAUUGGCUGUCUGUACUAAGACAGAGAUGCCGUAACUAAAGUGCUCCUCACUGAUUCUCCACGUGGUUUUUCUGGCUUGUAGAGUUGCCAGGUUAUACUUGGAAGCACACGCUCUCUUUUCAAAGCAAGGAAAGGGCACCUUUUCCCAUCUGCCUGGUCAGGAGGUAAAGCAUCACCCAAGCCAGUUUGUAUCACCACACUCGGAAUUAACAUUUGCUUUCCCAUGCUUCUGCCCAGCUCUUACAGCCACCCGGUUCUCCCCUCUAUCUGGAAGGAACAUGCAGCCCCAGCUCUUCACUUUCCCCCAUCUGGCUGCAGCUGAUACUUGUCAGAGUGGAACAGGAUGGGGGCUGCUGAGCCUGGUCCUCACACCAGUCGGUGAAUAAUCAGGGAUGUGAAAUGCUGAGUGGCUGCUGAUUCUCUUGGCUUUCCACUUGCCUCCUCUCAAUGUUCAUUUCAUUAUUUUUCCGCAUUUUAGCACAUGUUAAAAAAAAAAACAACCUCAAGGUCAGGGAAGGA